AUGGUCCAGGCGCGCUUGUCAACGUACUUUUUCCAGGAAGUGCGUCGCCAUGUGCUCACGCCGAGUGGCUGUAUCAUUAUUGGAAUCGUCGCCCAAAGCCAAUUUGGGUCGAUCAACCGCCAAAUACUUUGCUCUGGAUAUCUCAGCUGUACCAUCACCAUUCCCAAACUGGACAAGCGUCGCCGCCAAAAGCUUCUCUCUCUCUUUCUGGGCUCCAAACUCAACGAAUCGCUCUUGGACGAACUCUCGGACCAAACCGCUUCCUACAGCGCCGCCGACCUCUGCGACUUCUGCUCGCAAGUGUUCAGCCAUCUCGAUUUGCAGUCCCGCCCCGCGGACGACCUCGCCCAAUCGAUCCUUUCCCUCGUCAAACAGCACGCGGCUUCGGUCACCCGCCAAAUGAACGUCGUUCGCCCGCUUCCGGACGGAUUCCGCGCUCUGAUCGGGGUUUCAUCGCUCAUCCAGCAGGUCAACGAAGUGAUUCUGAACCCUCUUCGCUCUCCCGAGAUCUACGAUUUCUACGAUCUGCAGCCGCCGCGCGGCGCGCUUUUCUACGGCCCGUCGGGCUGCGGGAAAUCGAUGAUGGUGGAGGCGAUCGCUGCGGAAGCGGGGAAGGAAGUGCAGGUGAUGUCGGUGGUGUGCAGCGAUAUUUUGGGGAAGUACGUGGGCGAAAGCGAGAAGAAACUGCACGAUGUGUUCACGAUGGCGCGGGAAGCGGCGCCGUGCAUUUUGUUUCUUGAUAAUAUUGAGAGUAUUGGGCAGAGGAGAGGGAAUGACAGCACGGAAGAGAAAACGUUUGAUCGACUGCUGUCGAUUUUGCUGGUCGAAAUGGACGGCGUGAUGACGUCCUCGGCUCCCAUCUAUUUGAUCGGAUCCACGCAGCACAUCGAGCAAUUGGAUCCCGCGCUGUUGCGACCUGGACGCAUGGAGCAUCACAUCAAGUUCGAUUUGCCGUCCAGCGAGGCGCGAUUGGAACUGUUCCGCUUGUUUUUGAAGGAUGUGGCGCUGGAAGACGAGGGGAGUCGAGCGUUUAUUGAGAAUUGGCUGACUGCCAGAACGGCGUGGCGAUCACAGGCGGAUGUGCGCGCUGUGGUGGUGAAUGGGUUGAUGGAGGCAAUACGACGAAGUCAGGAUCCGAGUGGAGAGAUCCGAGUGAGGCAAAGCGAUUUUGAGGUUAGUUUAGAGCAAUUGAAAUCAUAA